AUAUUUUCUCACUCUCUCCAAAAACUUUAUGUUUCCUCUUUCUCUCUAGUUUCUUCUUCUCCCGAAAACCACCACAAAACCUCUCCGUUGAGGGUUGCGAGGAAGAAGACGAAGGCAACCAAGAGGAUGUUGUUGAGGAUGAUAGGAUCCAAAAUGAGUGCGAAGAGAGCUCGUUCUGGAGAAGGAUUAACAUAUCUGCCUAUUGAAGAACCAAAACAUGUUAAGCAAGAAGAUGGGGAAGAAGAAACCCCUGGAGCAUAUGAUGAGCAAGAUUCGAGCUCGUACUUCAAACUCCGUUGCCACACCUAUUCCCUACUCAAGGUCAUAGAGUACUGGAAGAAGGAUGAUGACUACUAUGCAGCUUGCAAGCAAGAAGUCGAGAAGGCCGGGUUUGGUGGUCUAUUGGACCUUCGAAUGCCGACAAUUAACAAAACCUUGUUGGACGAUUUGAUGGCUGCUUAUGAUUGCUCAACCGAUAGCUUCAUUUUCGGUGAAGGAGACAAUAAGAUAGUGUUGACCAUCACACCUGAGGAUGUGGCACGCGUAUACGGGCUUCCUAUUGGUGGGGCUGAGAUUGUGGUCAAGAGAUGUGAGGAGAAGAUGCGCAAAAGUUUCCAAGAGGAGGUCGGCAUGGCAGGCAACCGGAGCCGCAAUGUUUGUCUGAAGAAGCUGGCUAACACGGCCACUCCAGCAGAAGGUGAUAGACCACCUGUUGCAAUGGCUGUGAAGCAGUUCUUGUUGUUGGCAACUGGUUCUUUGCUAGCUCCAACAUUUGCUCGCAUCUGUAAGCUGGACUUUGCUGAGUACUUGUGUGGGAGGGUGGAAGACAUUGCGGUGUAUAAUUGGAGUGCUUAUGUUGUACGUGAACUGAAGGUGAAGUUGGCCGCUGCCAAGAGAAAAGAACCUGCUGCUAGGGCUGUGGGCAAAAAGAACUUGUGGGUUCUUGGGGAUGUCCACUUCUUGCUACUCCAUUUGCUAGACUUCCUUAGUGUGCGCGGGUUGCACACCAAAACCAUUCCUAGCUGCAACUACUGGUGGAAGCAAAGGGUGGAGAAGGCAUGUCUAGCUGUUCCCAAGAUUGACGGAGAAAGAUAUGACUUGGCUGUCGUGUUGCUGAGUAGGGAAGAAGUCACCUCCCGCUCCGAGAAACAGGACCCAAAGCUAGUUGAGGGUACUAUUGCACCAGCACCAGGGGCGAGCAGUUUAGCUCCUACACCAUUACACAUCACAGAAUGGUGGGAGACUGAAGAUUUAACCAUCCUUAGCAUAGACCAGGGAUUGAUGUCAAUGACUGAGAGCGUGAUUCAAAAGUGGGUGGCUCGGAGGGACAAGGUCCAACAGAUUGUCAAGAAUUUGGGCCAGCAAAACAACAUUUGAAGUGGUUGUACUUUUCCUUAAUGGAGUUUUGUAAUAGCCAUGUUGGAAUGGCUUUGAAUACUAGUUGUAUCGCGGUUUGCCGAAAAACAACUUUGUGUUAUUGUGAAUUUUAGUUUGUUAUUAUGCAAUAUUAGUUGGUUUCAUGUUGGAAAUUGUUUAGCAGUCAUGAAUACUAGUUAGUUUUAUCAUGGAUAUUAGUUUGUUAUUUUUAAAUACUAUUUCCUUUCAUUUGGAUAUCAGUUC